CGUUUAUUUUCAAUUUUGUUUAAAAAUAUUGCAAUAAUUACAUUAUUUUGCAUUCUCAGGCUUUUGUGUUGUGUAGCGCCUGAUAGUAUUUUAUAUGAUAAAAAAUGUAGUCUUGCAAACUCAUUAGAAUGCAAAUAUGGAAAUUGAAGAAUUAGAAAGAUGUCGGAGAUGACUGUAGUGUCAGAGAUUUAUGAUGAAUAUAAUUAUAAAACUGAAUGUAAACCAAGCAAAAAUGGAAAUGUAAUAUCACAGUUUCCCCUCCUUCUACCAAGAGGAAAAAGUAAAGCUAAUUUUGAUAAAGAUGAUGACUUGGAUUUAGAAAGGCCAAAUAAAGAAGUCAUCAAAAUUGAGCAUAGUGCAAAGACUAAAAUUGCACUAGUGGGUUUGCAAGUGUGGCGAGGGGCUUUCCUACUUGGAGAUCUAUUGAUACAUCUGGGUAUUAAUGGGGAUUUAACUGGGAAAACUGUUCUAGAACUAGGUGCUGGCACAGGCCUUACAAGUUUUGUAGCAGCUAUAUAUGCUAAGAAAGUUGUGUGUACUGAUAUAGAUUUAGGAGGCAUACUAGAGCUCAUUAAAAUCAAUGCGAAAUGUAAUGAAAAGCUGAUCAAAUCACAAUUCAAAGUGUUACCACUUGACUUUAUGAACACAGAUUGGAAUUCUACUCUAUUGAGAGAAAUCCAACAGACUGAUAUUAUUAUUGCUGCAGAUGUAAUUUACGAUGACGACGUGACAACAGCGUUUGUGACGACGAUACAAAAGAUGCUCAAUACAAAACCACCAAAGACAUUGUACAUUGUGCUAGAGAAACGCUACGUUUUCACGAUAGAGCAUAUGGACUCUGUAGCACCAUGCUAUGAAACAUUCCUAACUUUACUAGACAAGGUCAAAACGGAUCCAAACUCCAAUUGGACCGUGGAACAAUUACCUCUCAACUUUCCUAAAUAUUUCAUGUACGAGCGUGUGAAGCAAUUGGUGUUGUGGAAAAUUAGCUCUAAAUAACACUGUGAUAGAUGCGAUUGUUGAUUAAAUUAAUUCUUGUUA